AUGGCUGCCGAAAUUAAUCAGCAUCCGUCAUCGUCGGCCACACCGAGUAAUUAUCGUCGGCCAGGUAAAUUUUCACUUUGUGGGUAGUAUUGAUCAUGGUUUCAGAGCUUGUGUACAAGGUUGAAGGCCAAGUCGCCCGAAUCAUCAGGUUCAUAAUCUUGGAGAAGGAGGAAGGUUUUAUUAUAAUAAGCGAGGACAAAAGCUUGCGGAUUCUCCUGAAGCGAGACAAUGGCCAGUUUUGGCCGUCGGUUAUCGAAUACCUUCCCAAUCUUCCAACUUGUAUCUUUAUGAAUGAGUCAGCACGCCUGUAUGUUAUGAAUUUGUUUACGAUUUUUGCCUUUUAGGCUGUUUGUCGGUUUGGUGAGCGGCGCGGUGUAUCAGUAUCAGAUUAGUGAAGAUCUGAAUUCUCUGGAAUUGAUCAGGAGGUAUAAUGUACACACAAAUGCCGUUUCUGGAGUGGCCUUUUCAGCUUUGGGCAAGGAGAUAUUCAGCUGCAGUAGAGAUAAGACUUUGAUAUGGCAUUCCGCUGACACAGGUAGCAAGAUCGGUUCGUAUAAUGUGGGUUGUCCCUGCUCAGUCAUGCAAUUUGAUGCUACCACCAAUUUUGCUUUCAUUGGCGAUGUCAAUGGGAACGUGUAUGUCCUGAGAAUUAGUGGUGUUGCUGCUCAGCUUGUCAGUAAACUCAGUGCCCAUACAGGUAGUGUAGAAUUCCAUCGCUAAUUGCUAAAAAAAGUCCAAAUGUGAUGUCAUGUUUUAGGAGCUAUAACCGAUUUGUCAUGGGAUUCUACUCGACAGUUAUUGUUCUCAGCCAGUACGGAUGCUCUAGUAAUUAUGUGGGACAUUGGAGGAAAGCAAGGCCAAUGCUACGAGCUUAAGUAAGUCCCCCGUUUAUGUUUAUCGUAGUUUAGUGGUCACGACUCAAAGCUCAGUUCUCUGGCGUUAGCCCCUAGAAAGAACAAAUUAUUUUCGGUUGAUGACACCGGCCACUUGAUGUGUUGGGAUUUGAAUGCGAAGAGAAUCAUGGCACCAGCAUGGAAGGACUCCGAUAACUGCCAGUUAUGUGAUGUUCCCUUCUUCUGGAAUGUUAAGGUUAUGUGGGAUCGUAAAGUAAGUGCCAAGAAAUAGGAUUUUCAACGUUUAGGUGGUUGGCGUCAGACGGCAUCAUUGCCGAACCUGUGGGAUGUCUGUUUGUGACAAUUGUUGCAGCCACCGGACUAUCUUCCCAGCGAUGGGAUUUGAAAAGCCAGCCAGAAUCUGCCGGACGUGCAAGAAGAAGAUGGAAGAGUAUCCUGACAAGUUCGAGUAAGUCAUUGAUCGUUUCUUUAAGCCUGCUUUAAAUAGUUUGACACCAUUGGCUACGAUCAGCGAGCUUAGGCAAGGCGUGGUGGACAUGCAUCUACAUUCCGAAGGCUCAAAGUUGGCCACGAUAGGAUAUGAUCGAACUAUUCUCGUCUGGGAUAUUACCCAGGUCUUCUAA